UAAAAAGGACAAAACUUAACAACAAUAAACAAAUCUCCAUAAAAGAAACGCUCAAAGCACUAAGGCAAAAGUAGCACUAUUCUUUUUUCUCUUUGUUACACAACUUCUGGCGGUUCUUGAAGCUUUUCGUUCGCCUGUUUUGUCUGUGUUUGAGCUUUGAUUGUUGUUGAAGAUGAUGAUGAUGAGAUCAAACCGUAAGCCUCCACUUGCAAGAUCCCCUGUUGGUACGAGGAAUCGUCGUGUUCUUCAAUCUACUCCAAACCCCAUUCGAACCCCUCCAGGUUCUUUGAAAAAAACUCAGUUGCCUAAGAGGGUUAGCAGCAGUGUUGAAGAAUGGGAACUUCGUCCAGAGUACCGUACCAUUUCUUGUGAACUAAGGGCAUUGGCAAAAAUGGUACAGAACAAAUUUGGUAACGAGGAUGUGAAUGCUGCUGAGGACUCUGAUUCAUUGAAUGCAAAGAGAAGUCCUUUAUUCGAAAGGGGCAGGUUUUAUGAAGAGUACUCUGCUAGAAGGAAUGAGAGAUUGAGGAGGAAGAAGGGCGGUGACACCGGGGAUGAGAAGAAACCGGUGUAUGAUUUGGGAGUUAGAGUUGAAUCUUCCAAGAAAAGAGGAGAGCCUAAGAUGUUUCAAAGCGCGAGGAAAUCAGUUGUUGCUGCUACGCCUAUUGCAGAAAGGAGAGAAAUUCCGAGGUAUUUCUUGAGAAGCACAGCUAGUAAGGAGAACAAGAAGCCUCCUUUGCCAAUCAGCAUGGACAAAUCUGUUGGUCUUUCAGAGAGGAGAACUACAGCCAGAAGAGUUAGGAAAUUUUGAGUCUGAAUGAACAUGUUUUUACAUGCUUGAUCCCCCACCUCCACCCCCCCGCCCCUUAGACUUUUAUUGAACAAAAAAGUAUUAAGUAGUUUCGUGAUGAUUUGGAUGGCAAAUGUAGUUAGUAGUUCUGUGCAGAAAAUUGCAGAUUAUGGUGUUUGGUGUUUGAAGUACAAUGAAGAGGCUAUGUAGCUGAUAGCUUCAGUUCACUUUCAUGGGUGAUUGUGAUAUGAAAUAUGGAUUUUUCUUGUGUUA